AUGCCACGUAGAAGGCAGUUUCGAGCACAACGACUAGUAAGUCGUGUUCAUAGGCGACAGCGCAAUAACGCGCUUAUACGUCAGCGGCGCUCUAACGCUCACAUCCGCGAUGAAGGUGCACGGAAUACAGCUGCGCAGCAAACAGUACGGUCGCAGCCACUUCCCACGGAGCACCCGACAGCUGCAGAUGACAGCAACCAAAGCGGAAGCCUCAGUGCUCCAUUUGUAGUAUCAGGUAGCUUCAAUUAA